GUUUCUUUGUUAUAGUUUAAUUGACCAUUCUAUUAUCAACAGUGUUGUAUAAGCAAACCUAAUAUCCAUGGAUUAGCCUUAAUGCUUUGUAGAUCGCUGUUGUGAUAGCUGCAAAAUGGAACAACUGGGACGUGCGAUAUGGCGGAAAUCACACACGAGAUUCUUCUUUGUGACAAUUUUGCUGUUGUUUGAGAGAACGAUUUGGGCGCAGAUACAGUGGUCAAUUUAUGAAGAACAGAAUGAAGGUACCCUGGUUGGGAAUAUCGCCAAGGAUUUAGGUAUCGACUACAGAAUCCUAAAGGAGCGAGGAUUACGCAUGGUAUCAGCCUCGGCAGAGUCGAGGUUCAGGGUAAAUCAGGACGACGGAGGACUGUAUGUGAACGGAAAAAUAGACAGAGAAGAGGUCUGCGCGGGAGGCAGCUCUUGUUUGGAAAAUUUAAAAAUUGUUCUUGAAAAUCCACUGGAGAUUCAUUAUAUAUCAGUACAUAUUUUGGACAUAAACGACAAUGCUCCGAAUUUCAUUCAGAAAACAAAACAUUUGGAUAUUGGAGAAUCAGCCUUACCGGGGACACGAUUUCAGCUGCAAGCCGCUCACGACCCUGAUAGUGGAAGCCAUUCUAUUCAGAAUUAUAAAUUGAGUCACAACGAUCAUUUUCGAUUAGAAGUAAAAGAUCGUGAUGAAGACGGUAAAAUUCCUAUUCUGAUAUUGCAAAAGCAGUUAGACAGAGAAGCGGCGCAGAAUAUAAAAUUGUUAUUAACCGCUGUAGAUGGUGGAAAACCACCAAGGUCUGGAACAACAGAAGUAAUCAUAAAUGUGCUGGAUAUAAAUGAUAACGCACCGGUUUUUACUGAAGAUGCCUAUACUGUAAUGCUACACGAAAACGUACCUAUUGGCACAACAGUAAUACAGCUGAACGCCACAGAUUUGGAUGACGGCUCAAAUGGUGAGGUUGUUUAUUCGAUAAGUAAUAAUAUAAACAAAAAAUUACGCGAACUUUUUGAAAUAUCUCCGAUGACUGGCGAAAUCAUUGUGAUGGGAGUUUUAGAUUUUGAAGUUAAAGACAAAUAUGAGAUUGAUAUUCAAGCAUCCGACAAAGGCUCUGUACCAAUGACAUCAGACAAGACAGUAACUAUAAAGAUUGUAGAUGUAAAUGACAACGCACCAGAGAUAGAGGUAACAUCAUUUUCAAGUGCCAUUCCAGAGGAUUCCAGAUCAGGGACUACAGUUGCUUUGAUAAGUGUAUCUGAUUUAGACUCUGGGGUCAACGGAAAAGUUUCUUGUUCAGUACCUGAGGACAUGCCUUUCAGGCUUUUUUCAUCCUCACAUGAUAAUGUUUACUCGUUAGUUACAUCGUCAGCACUUGAUAGGGAAAUGGCAUCUCAAUAUGAUAUUACAUUAUCUGCAACAGAUGCAGGGAACCCACCAUUGUCAUCUAUGAAGACUAUAACUGUACAAGUAUCAGAUGUAAAUGAUAAUAAUCCAGUGUUUAUUAGCUCCCCAUACUCGUUUUAUGUAAUGGAAAACAAUGCUCCAGGAACAUCUUUAUUUUCUGUAUUUGCUUUUGAUCAAGACUCAGAUGAAAACGCAGUAAUAAACUAUCAGAUAUGGAGAGAUAAUCUUAAAGAGAACAAGUACACAUCUUUUAUCAAUGUAAAUUCUGAAAAUGGCAUCUUAUACGCGCUCAAAAGUUUUGACUUUGAGACAGUAAAGACGUUCCAGUUCCACGUGCUCGCUACAGAUUCUGGAUCUCCGCCAUUAAGCAGCAACGUCACAGUGAAUGUGUUCAUUCUGGAUCAGAACGACAACGCUCCAGUGAUCUUAUAUCCAGUCAGUGCUAACGGUUCUGCUGAAGGUGUGGAGGAAAUUCCCCGCAAUGUCAACGCAGGACAUUUAGUGACUAAAGUGAGAGCCUAUGACGCAGAUAUAGGAUACAACGGCUGGUUAUUAUUUUCACUGCAGGAAGUGAGUGACCACAGUCUCUUUGGUUUGGACCGCUAUACGGGACAAAUAAGAACCCUUCGCUCAUUCACAGAAACAGAUGAGGCUGAACAUAAACUAGUCAUACUGGUCAAAGACAAUGGAAACGUUUCACUUUCAGCAACAGCGACACUGAUUAUAAAAGUUGUGGAGCCGAAAGAGGCUUUUGCAACUUCUGACGUUAAAAACACAGUAAAAGAAGAGGAAGAAACUAAUGUUACAUUUUAUUUGAUCAUUACAUUGGGCUCGGUUUCGUUUCUUUUUAUCAUCAGUAUCACCGUGUUGAUUAUAAUGCAGUGCUCCAAAUCUACAGACUAUUCCUCCAAGUAUUUGCAAGACACAAAUUAUGACGGGACACUGUGUCACAGCAUCCAGUACAGAUCCGGAGAUAAACGCUACAUGUUAGUAGGACCCAGAACUAGUAUCGGUUCUACUCUAGUUCCAGGCAGUAAUAGAAAUACCCUUGUGAUACCAGAUCGCAGGAGGAGAACAUCUGUUGAGGUAAGAAGACUUACUUACAAAGGCAAUUCUUUGGUUUCUAGGGUGUGCCUUAGAAAAAUACGCCACCUCUCCCUUUAUAAGGAAAUAGGCGAUGUUAACUGA